AAACAGAGGCAUGACGAGGAGGCACUGAUUGACCAGGGGAGAAGGAGCAACGGUGCCAAGAUUCACUAUGAGAAGGAGGAGUUGGAAGGCCACCGGACCCUGUACGCCGGCGUGCAGAUGCCGCUGGUGGGGCAAUGCCACCGGCAUCACCGACCCCACAAGCAGAAGCAUCGGGAACAGGAGGAGGACUGUGCCCCGACGGAGCGGGGCUACCACUGCACCCCGUCCCAGCGGGUGCAGUUCAUCCUCAGGACCAAGGAGGACGAGCAGCAUGUCCCUCACGCCUUGUUCACCGAGCUGGAUGAGAUCUGCGUGAAAGAGGGCGAAGAUGCCGAGUGGAAGGAAACGGCAAGGUGGCUGAAGUUUGAGGAGGACGUGGAAGACGGCGGCGAGCGCUGGAGCAAGCCCUAUGUGGCCACGCUGUCCUUGCACAGCCUCUUUGAGCUGAGGAGCUGCAUCAUCAAUGGCACGGUGCUGCUGGACAUUAGUGCCAACAGCAUCGAAGAGAUCGCAGAUCUGAUCCUGGGCCAGCAAGAACAGCUCACGGAGUUUGACGAGCGCACGCGGGCAAAAAUUGGAGAAGUUCUUUUGAAGAAGCACCACCAUCAGAACGAGAAGAAAAGAAACAACCUUCUCCGCUCGUUUGCUGAUGUGAGCAAGAAGGGGUCGGACCUGCACCUCCUCGACAAGCCAGCUCAAACACUUACCCCUCAUCCUUCUCCCACCACUGUGGAAGCUAAAAAUGGGGUGAACCAUGAGACCAGCACAACGGAUUUAAGCAAGGCGGAGCUGCACUUCAUGAAGAAAAUUCCCAGCGGGGCUGAAGCGUCCAACGUGCUCGUAGGAGAGCUGGAUUUCCUUCGCCAGCCCAUCGUGGCAUUUGUCCGCCUGACCCCGGCUGUCCUCCUCUCGGGCAUGACGGAAGUUCCCAUCCCAACAAGGUUCCUGUUUGUUUUGCUUGGACCAGAAGGAAAAGCCCAUCAGUACCAUGAGAUCGGCAGGUCCAUGGCUACUAUCAUGACGGAUGAGGUUUUCCAUGACGUCGCCUAUAAAGCCAAGAACCGGGCUGACCUCGUGGCCGGCAUCGAUGAGUUUCUGGAUCAGGUCACGGUCUUGCCGCCUGGAGAGUGGGAUCCAUCGAUCCGAAUCGAGCCCCCGAAAAACGUCCCUUCGCAGGAAAAAAGGAAGAUGCCAGGAGCUCUCGAUGACAGUGCUUCUGACAGUGAGCCAGAGAAGCACAGCGGUCCUGAACUGGAGCGGACGGGAAGGCUCUUUGGAGGUUUGAUCCUGGAUGUGAAGCGAAAAGCCCCGUGGUUCUGGAGCGACUUUCGGGAUGGUCUGAGGCUGCAGUGUCUGGCGUCCUUCCUCUUCCUCUACUGUGCCUGCAUGUCCCCUGUCAUCACCUUCGGGGGACUGCUGGGGGAGGCGACCGAUGGCCACAUAAGUGCCAUGGAGUCGCUGCUGGGCGCCUCCAUGACCGGCGUGGUGUUUUCCCUCUUUGCUGGCCAACCUCUCACCAUCCUCGGCAGCACCGGACCCGUGCUCGUCUUUGAGAAGAUCCUCUACAAAUUCUGCAAGGAGUACACGCUCUCCUAUCUCUCUCUGCGGGCAUGCAUCGGGCUGUGGACCGCCUUCUUCUGCAUCGUGCUGGUGGCCACCGACGCCAGCUCUUUGGUGUGCUACAUCACCCGCUUCACCGAAGAAGCCUUCGCCUCCCUCAUCUGCCUCAUCUUCAUCUACGAGGCUCUAGAGAAGCUGAGUCACCUGCGGGAGACCUACCCUGUGCACAUGCACAGCCAGCUCGACUUCCUCACCAUCGACUACUGUAAGUGUGAGGCACCGACGCAUCCCAGCAAUGAAACCCUGCGUUUCUGGGAGAGCAACAAGAUCAACGUGUCUGGCAUCGCCUGGGAAAACCUCACGGUGACCGAAUGUCGGUAUUUGCAUGGAGAGUUUCAAGGACCUGCCUGUGGACCCAAUGGCCCCUACACGCCUGACGUCCUCUUCUGGUGCUGCAUCCUCUUCUUCUCCACCUUUGUGCUGUCGAGCUUACUGAAGAAGUUUAAGACCAGCCGAUACUUCCCAACCAGAGUACGGUCCACAGUAAGCGACUUUGCUGUUUUCCUCACCAUCGUCGUCAUGGUGCUCAUGGACUUCAUGAUUGGGAUCCCAUCACCGAAGCUCCACGUCCCCCAUAUGUUCAAGCCUACCAGAGACGACCGCGGGUGGUUCAUCAGCCCCGUAGGACCCAACCCUUGGUGGACGGUGUUGGCUGCGCUCAUCCCAGCUCUGCUCUGCACCAUCUUGAUCUUCAUGGACCAGCAGAUCACUGCUGUUAUUGUGAACAGGAAGGAGCACAGGCUGAAGAAAGGAUGUGGGUACCACCUGGACCUUUUCAUGGUGGCCGUGAUGCUCGGGGUGUGCUCCGUGAUGGGGCUGCCCUGGUUUGUGGCUGCCACCGUCCUGUCCAUCACCCACGUGAAUAGCCUCAAAGUCGAGUCUGAGUGCGCAGCUCCAGGAGAACAACCCAAGUUUCUGGGGAUACGAGAGCAGAGAGUCACUGGCUCCAUGAUCUUUGUGCUCAUGGGCUGCUCUGUCUUCUUCACUUCUGUGUUAAAGUUUAUACCAAUGCCUGUGCUUUACGGCGUCUUUCUCUACAUGGGCGUGUCGUCGCUCGGAGAAAUUCAGUUCUUCGAUCGCUUGAAGCUGUUUUGGAUGCCGGCGAAACACCAGCCGGAUUUCAUCUACCUGCGGCACGUCCCCUUGCGAAAGGUGCACUUCUUCACCGUGAUCCAGCUGAUCUGCCUCGUCCUGCUCUGGGCCAUCAAGGUGUCCCGUGCCGCCAUCGUCUUUCCCAUGAUGGUUUUGGCUCUUGUAUUUGUCCGGAAAGCCAUGGAUUUCUGCUUCUCAAAGCGAGAGCUCAGCUUCCUGGAUGACCUUAUGCCAGAGAGCAAGAAGAAGAAGUUGGACGGUGCCAAAAACGAAGCCAAUGAAGAAGAGGAGUCCCCGAAAAUGAUGGAAGCUGCUGCUGCUGCCGGUUCAGUUCUGCUGAAACUGGGCAAGACCAGCAACUUGGAUAUCCCAAAGCAAAGCAGGGACAGGACUGAUCCUUGCGAGAUUAAUAUCUCGGAGGAAGUGUUGAAAACGAGCGUGUGGAAGGCUCUCACUAUGAACACAGAAACAGUCUGA